AUGGCAUGGGGAGGCCUCUUCUUGAGCCUGAGCCGCCCGACACCGGAGCAGCAGAAGUCGUGCCUCGCGGCUGCCGGCGGCUUCAACUACGACGCGGAUCUCCACGGCGCCACCCACCCGAAAUCACCAGCCGCAUUAACAACCUCUGAAGACACCGACAGGGCGCUGGCCGACCGUGGCUUCUCCGUGAACCGGUCGCGAGUCCUUGUCGGCUCCGGCGCCGACGCCUUCCGCCACGCCAAUGUUGUACUAUAUGUUUGCAGCAAUGCUGGAAACCGUUGGUCGUUGUCCGUCAGGCACCUGGCGCUGGGGUGGGCGGAGGCGGAGCCGGGCACGCCGGUGAAGGCCGGCGCGAGGUUCUGCAUCUGCUACAGGGAGGUGGUCCCCUGGGUGAUGUUCCCGCUGCAGAUCGCCUACGUCACCGACGACAAGUACGAUGGUGGCAAGCGCGGGAAAGGCGGCGGCGUGUUCGCGUUCGGCAGCGGCACCCUGCAGGGCCAUCUGCUGGCCGGGGAGGAGCGGUUCUCGGUGGAGGUGGACGCGGAGGAGCGGGUGUGGUACGAGGUGGUGUCCUUCUCCAAGCCGGCGCACCCGCUGUCGGCGCUGUGCUACCCGUACGUGCGCCUCCGGCAGAGGCACUUCGCGCGGGAGUCCGGCAAGGCGGUGCUCAGGCACGUCGCCGCCGCAGCCUGCUCGCCGACUGCGACGCCAACGACGCGGUGA